AUGUCAGCUUCACUCUCUGUGAUCUCAUCAAACCUCAAGAAGAAAGCAAUCCCGUUUUAUACACCAUUCGUUAUCACUGCUAAAGCGCCCAACCCUACUCUUCUACUUUCCUCUGCAACCCCAAAUAAACCAAAUCUUGUAUCCCUUGGGGCUUACUCGAUACUGGUGAAUGACCAAUCCGAUCACCUACCAGAAUUUCCCAGGCAGCCUGAUUAUUCUCCUCCUCCAGUUCCACCCGAGGUCCCGGAACUCCCUAACGUUCCAGAGAUCGAGACAACUCCACCUGAAGUCGAAACGCAACCUCCAAACAUUCCAGAAGUGCCCACCCCGGGACCGGAUUACCCUGUUCCACCACCGCCGAAUCCGACGCCCCCUGACAUUCCACUGCCGCCGCCGGGUAUGCCUCGGCCACCGCCCCCUGAUCAACUGCCACCAAGGUUGCCACCCGAUCCAGAUAUUUUACCUCCGCCGAUUCAUCCACCGCCAGAUAUUUUGCCUCCACCGGAAAUUAAGCCACCGCCUGGGCCUUUUCUUCUGAAAGGUGGAACGAGAUGA